UGUCUCCGGCUUCUUUCGGGCGGAGCUCGGCUCGGGCUCGGCUCUCUUCGGCCGCGCUCGGCCGCGGCCCCGGAAGCGCUCCCAUGGAGCCGGGACGGCCGGCUUCCCGCCUGGCCAUGGCCCCGCUGCUGGAGUACGAGCGGCAGCUGGUGCUGGAGCUGCUGGAGGCCGACGGGCUGGUGGUGUGCGCCCGCGGGCUCGGCGCGGACCGGCUUCUCUACCACUUCCUCCGGCUGCACAGCCACCCGGCGUGCCUGGUGCUGGUGCUCAACACGCAGCCGGCCGAGGAGGAGCAUUUUAUCAACCAGCUGAAGCUGGAUGGCGUCAACCACCUCCCCCGCCGUGUGACCAAUGAAAUUGCUAGUAACAGUCGCUACGAGGUGUACACGCAGGGCGGGGUGAUCUUUGCCACCAGCCGGAUCCUCGUGGUUGAUUUCUUGACGGACAGGAUACCUUCCGAUUUAAUUACUGGCAUCUUGGUGUACCGAGCUCACAGGAUCAUCGAGUCCUGUCAGGAAGCCUUCAUCCUGCGCCUCUUUCGCCAGAAGAACAAACGUGGUUUCAUCAAAGCCUUCACAGACAACGCAGUGGCCUUUGACACUGGCUUCUGCCACGUGGAAAGGGUGAUGAGAAACCUCUUUGUCCGGAAGCUCUACCUGUGGCCCAGGUUCCAUGUGGCUGUGAACUCAUUCUUGGAACAGCACAAACCUGAGGUGGUAGAAAUCCACGUUUCUAUGACGCCGGCCAUGCUGGCCAUCCAGACUGCCCUGCUGGACAUCCUGAACGCGUGUCUCAAGGAGCUCAAGUGCCAUAACCCGUCGCUCGAAGUGGAAGAUUUAUCCCUAGAAAAUGCGAUUGGGAAACCUUUUGACAAGACCAUCCGCCAUUACUUGGACCCUUUGUGGCAUCAGCUGGGAGCCAAGACCAAGUCCCUGGUUCAGGAUCUGAAGAUCCUACGCACCUUGCUGCUAUAUCUCUCUCAGUAUGACUGCGUCACCUUCCUCAACCUCCUGGAGUCACUGAGGGCGACCGAGAAGGCGUUUGGCCAGAAUUCAGGGUGGCUAUUUCUUGAUGCCAGCUCCUCGAUGUUUGUGAAUGCUCGAGCACGGGUGUACCGUAUUCCAGACACCAAACUGAACAAAAAGGACAAGAUACCAGAAAAAGUGGAGAUGAAAGAAAAGCAAGAGACAAAGAGGGAGCUGGUCCUCGAGAGCAGCCCCAAGUGGGAAGCCCUGACGGAAGUGCUGAAGGAAAUCGAGGCAGAGAACCAGGAGAGCGAAGCCCUGGGGGGUCCAGGCCAGGUGCUCAUCUGCGCCAGUGACGACCGGACGUGUGCCCAACUGCGGGAGUAUCUGUCCUGCGGCGCUGAGGCCUUCUUACUGAGGCUCUACCAGAAAACCUUCGAGAAGGAGAAGGACGGCCCAGCCGAGGAGGAGUGGGCGAGGUUCCGGAAGGAGGACGGCACCAGGAGAGGAGUGAAAUCCGGCAAAGGACCCAGGGACCCCAAGGGCCGCGCUUUGGCCCCGGCCAAAGAGAAGACGGCGAAGAGGAAGAAGCUGACCCUUACGCAGAUGGUGGCCAAGGCUGAGGAGCCGGAAGGGAAAGGGGAGGCCCCAGUGGGCCUCGCUGGAGACCCAAGCAGCAGCCCAGAAGGCUGCCUGGGAGAAGCCACGCCUGAGGACUUCACCGUAAACGUGUCGUCGGACGCUGCCUAUGGCCUCCUCAGGGACCCCCUGACCAUCAUCCACCCACUGCUGGGGUGCAGCGACCCCUAUGCCCUGACCAGGGUUCUGUACGAGCUGGAGCCAAGAUACGUGGUUCUGUACGACGCCGAGCUGACCUUCGUGCGGCAGCUCGAGAUUUACAGGGCAAGUAGACCUGGCCGACCUCUGAGGGUCUACUUCCUUAUCUACGGGGGGUCGACCGAGGAGCAACGCUACCUCACCGCCCUGCGGAAGGAGAAAGAGGCAUUUGAGAAACUCAUUAGGGAGAAGGCCAGCAUGGUCAUCCCUGAGGAACGAGAAGGCCGCGACGAGACAAACCUGGAUCUGGCCAGAGGCUCCACAUCCAGCAAUGUCACCCCCGACACGCGUAAAGCGGGUGGCCAGGACCAGGGUGGCCCCACGCAGAGCAUCGUGGUGGACCUGCGCGAGUUCCGCAGCGAGCUGCCUGCACUCAUCCACCGGCGGGGCAUCGACGUGGAGCCCGUGACGCUGGAGGUGGGCGACUACAUCCUGAGCCCGGACAUGUGCGUGGAGCGCAAGACCCUCAGCGACCUCAUCGGCUCCCUGAACAACGGGCGCCUGUACGGUCAGUGCGUGUCCAUGGGCCGCUACUACCCGCGGCCCCUGCUGCUCAUCGAGUUCAACCCCGGCCGGUCCCUGGCGCUGGGGGUGCGCGGCGCACCGCAGCCCGAGCUGUCCGGCGCCGACGUCACGGCCAAGCUGGCCCUGCUGACCCUGCACUUCCCCCGCCUGCGCCUGCUCUGGUGCCAGUCCCCGCACGCGGCCGCUGAGCUCUUCGAGGAGCUCAAGCGCCACAAGCCGCAGCCCGACGCCGCUGCUGCCGCCGCCGUCACUGCUGACUCGGACACUCUGCCCGAGUCCGACCGCUACAACCCGGGCCCCCAGGACUUCCUGCUGCGCAUGCCCGGGGUCAGCGCCAAGAACUGCCGCGCACUCAUGAGUCGCGUGCGCAGCAUCGCCGAGCUGGCGGGCCUGUCGCAGGCGCAGCUGGCCGACGUGCUGGGCAACGCAGCCAGUGCCCGGCAGCUGCACGACUUCAUCCACACGCCCUACACCGCGGCCGCCCCCGGCCCCGCCCUGGCCAAGGGCAAAGGGAAGAAGUGACGCACCCCAC